AUGAAUCCCAAGAACCAGCAACUCAGCGUGCGACUGAAAGACCAGAGAAUACCUACGACUACACUGGUAGACUUGCCAACCGAGCUUCUGAACCAGGUCGUAUCACACUGCGCGGCCACUUCAGUGGGCCACCUGUCGAGGACAUCAAGAUCUCUACAUGAAUUUGUCGAAAAGGAAGGCUGGCGAACAUUCACCCAGACUCGGUUUGCAAAUUCAAGCCCUCUAGUGCACUGGCGAGAUGCUGCACGCUCAUUGACUACUUUGUCGCGCAACUGGCAAAGGCGGGCAUUUCUUGCAACGUACCUUGAACCCUCAAAUGAUGCCUCUUCACUGCCUGGUGGACAACCGAUAAAGAAAUGGAGGAGACCAGCUGGCCAGACCAUGGGUUUCCAGCCAGCGGUCGACAGUUAUGAACACUUUAUCGGGAGUCGCUGGACGGACCGACGACAAGUUGUAGCUUGGAGUGCAGGCGCCACUCUGAUGAUUCAUGUACGGGACAAAUUUGAAAACAACGGCACGCGAGUGAAGUGGUGGACUUACAAGCCCCUGAGCAGUGUCGAGGGCCGCGACGACAUCACCAGCGUACGAAUUCUCAAGCCAGACGAUCAGCACUCACGAAACAGCAUCGACAGUAGCGAACAGAUCAUUGUCGGAACUGCCAAUGGAGACCUGCAGCUUGUCGAAGUACCACCUGCUUCGGACAGCGGUGUCAUCAAGACAUAUUAUGUCACGAAUGGCAUAUCUGUGCGAUCCACAUCGCUAUCUACAGAUGUUGAGAAUACUCUGGAUCAACUUCAGCACUUGGCUGCUAACCUAUCGGACUCACGGAUUGCUAUUUAUCGAGUAGACCCUUCCCAGUUCAAGGUCGCGCCCGUCAGUGAGAUCGAUGCAAUACCUCGAAGCCGGAAGGGUUGCCGAAUCUGGUCAACCAAGUUUCUGGAUUCGAAGCACCUGGCUGUCGGCUUGGGGCCGUCUAUCGAACCCAUCAACAUCUUCGAGGUUCGACCGGAAGGUAUUGUGGAAGAACCUGUGAGAAAGAUAGGCCUUACCGGAAGUGCGGAUGAACUGGAUCCAGUCAAAGCCUCGUCAAUAUACCCGAUCGAGCCGCUGAUGGAUAGCAACGGAGGCAGAAACGGAAAUCUUUUUUUGAGUGGCGGUUACGAUGGCAUUGUGAGAUUGCACGAUAUGCGAUCGCCGUCACCGUACACAGCUGUCUACCAUGAUCCCACAGACGACGCUGCGAUCUAUUCUCUGCUAUCCAGAGGCAGGGAUCGGGUUGUAGCGGGUGCUUCACGCCAUGGAUUGCUCAAGAUGUUCGACCUCCGCAUGUCAGGGGGCAGCAUAUAUGACUACGCCGGAGCACCAGACACAAAUGACUCUUCUAUAGGAGAUUGGAACGUCUUCAUCAACCCUCGCGACAGAUACGUCAACUCGUCUUGGAGAGGUCCAAACAGCUGGAUGCGCCGAAGUGCCGAAGGCUCUGUUUACAAUCUCUCCUCGCCAUCACCAACCUCACCCUUCAUCUUUGCAGGAGUAGAGAAUGCCAUUGUCGAAUUCAAUUUCUCUUCCGUACUCGACAAGCACCCGGAUCCGAUAUUCCUCGGCAGUUCUACGAAGGCAACGGGUAGACGGGACAACACGCCUUCCUACCUCCAGCACAAGCAGGAUAUUCUCAACUUGGCAAUGUACUCACAGGGCACGGAUGGCUCUAGAGAAGGCAUGAAACUGCGUACUCAACGCAGUGUAGACGAGACGCUCGGUCAAGACAUCAAUCCCGCUGGUCUAGACGAACGCUGGAAGGAAAACCAGUAG